AUGCCGCUACCGAUCUUUCUUCUCUCGAUUCUGGCGUCCGCCUGCGCAACAUCGUACUUUUCAAUGGACCAGCUACCCAGUAUCAUGUCAAUAGACAAAAUACCGGCAAUCAAGGAACUCGACAAUCCGCAAUUUUUGACCACACACGCAGAUGCAUCGCUUACCGCUCUAGGACUAGUAAAAAAAUACGGUUACAAUGGAGAGCAGCACAAGGUGGUCACCUCUGACGGUUACAUUUUGAAAUUGCAUCGGAUAACAGGACAAACUAAUUUUAACAACUCGCAAGUGCAAGUACAAAAACCUGUGGUAUUUAUAAUGCACGGUCUAUUGUGCAGUUCAGCAUGUUUUAUCAUUGCCGGACCGGAGAAAGGUUUAGCUUUUGUUCUGGCGGACGCAGGAUACGACGUGUGGCUCGGUAAUGCACGUGGCAAUGUAUAUUCACGCAAACAUAAACUUCCGGCUAUUCAAAAGAAACUUUACUGGGAUUUCAGCUGGCAUGAAAUUGGCGUAUAUGACCUUCCAGCUAUGAUAGAUUAUGUCGUGAAAACCACUGGUCGCGAAAAAAUGUUUUAUCUGGGGCAUAGCCAAGGUACCACUGCUUUCUUCGUCAUGUCAACGGAAUUGCCAGAAUAUCAAAACAAAAUCCAGGCGAUGUUCGCGUUAGCACCAGUCGCUUUUUGCAGCAGAAUGAGAAAUCCCAUUUUUCAAUUCCUGGCAAGAUUCUCUAAUCCUUUAAACGAAUUGUUAAAAUUAAUUGGCAUUUACGAAUUCACGCCUACUAAUAAAAUCAUGAAACAGUUCCAAGAAAUGGUAUGCGCAGAAGAUGCUAUCACGCAACCCUUGUGCGCUAAUGUGAUCUUCUUGAUCACUGGAUUCAACAAAGAUCAGUUUAAUAUGACUCUUUUACCAUUAAUUCUGAAACAUACUCCGGCUGGCUCAGCCACGAAACAAAUAAUGCAUUACGCACAACUUAUCAAAAGUGGAUCUAUUAUUACAUCGGGGAAAUUUAGACAAUACGACUACUCAUUUAUCGCCAAUUUGAUGAAAUAUGGCACGUUUAAUCCUCCGAAAUAUGACUUGGGAAAAAUUAAAGUACCGGUUUCAUUGCAUUAUGGUGCCAACGAUUGGUUAGCACAUGUGGAUGAUGUUGAUCAAUUAGAGAAAGAACUUGGCAAUCCGCUUGGAAAAUUUCUCGUUCCACAUGAAAAGUUUAAUCAUUUGGAUUUCAUGUGGGCUAAGGAUGUUAAAGAACUUUUGUAUAACAAGAUAUUAAAUCUGAUGACACGUUUCUGA